GGGUUUGGCCAUGGUCAGACUCUGCUCUAUAAAAAUGUCCGUCCUGACAGGACGGAGUGCGACAGCUUCUCUGCCCUGAGAGGACAUCCAUCGGCUUCUGUCAGACGUCUGUCUCCACCACAGUAAGGGUCCUCACAUCCUGCCGGCAGCAGCAGUGAAGAUGGCUGGCCUGUGCUGGAUGGCUGUAACACUGGUCGUGUUCCUGUCUACUGAAAACAGUUUGGCUGAUGUGGACCAGAACCAACUUGCAACAUUUGUACAAGAAGUUCUGAACAGGUACAGACCAAGCUACAGUGUUAACGGACGUCCAAGAUUCCCCAUGUUCAGUGUGGCUGUGAGCGUCCCAUACGACCCUAAAAGUAAAAUGUAUGAUAUAAAUCUAGUCCCUGACUCUGGUGAACAAGUGAGGAAUGAGAUUCUAAAUUGUAAUGUGUACAAGAGCAGAAGGGUGGUGGCAGCCACAGUUCUGCGGUGGCCAAAUGUUGUGAGUCAGUGUCCCCAGGCAAACGUGCAAUGGCCCGAUGUUCUGAGAAAGUGUCCUAAAGGGGUUAAAACAUGGGCUGAUGUUAAAACAAGCUGCCCUCGAGCGGUUAAUGAAGGUAAAGCUGAUCAUGCAGAAUUCCGCACUCUGCAGCAAUUGAACACUUUGGUCCACAGCGAAAAUGAUUUUUUGCUCUUCUAUGUUCUUGCUUCCCCGUGUGAGGGAAGAUGUACAAAUGAGAGAAAUCCCCUGAACAUUCUAAAUAAAAUAACUGAGAUUAAGAACUGGAGAAAUUAUGCUGUGGUGUUUUCUAACAUAUUCAAGCCCCGUGAAGGUGGAGCCAUACCUGAGGAAAACCUACGUGAGUCCCUUGCACGGCUUGGGACAAAGAUCGGUCUAAAUAGGAUAUACCGCUGCAAUGAGCAAGGGCCAAACAAGUUGGUGCAGUGUACAAGCUGUUCUGAUGGAGAACAAGUUACACGUUAUUGUUAUUCAGACAAGCGAUCAGCUGGGAGGGCAGGGGGGUAAAGGACAGCACAGGAUGAGGUUGGGAAAAUUAAAUUUGAGCUUUAUAUAAUUUUCCCAUAAUUAGUUUUCAGACUCUUGCAGCUGCAACUUAUACGACAUAACCUGCCUUAAAGCAUACGAGUGACAGUACUUCAGAAGGCGACCAGCAGCAUUUAUCAUUGCUCAGGCCU